AUGUCGCAAUCCCUAUCCGCUCUCGAGCGCGGUAAUCCGCCACCUCGGCGGAAAUCCUGCGCCGCCUGCAUCAGAUCGAAAAGGCGAUGCGAUCUACGCCAGCCAACGUGCCUGCGGUGUUCACAGAGGAGGAUCGAUUGUUCCUAUCCGACGCAGACAGCGGCAGAUAGAGCAGUCUCCAGCGAGUCGGAUCCGACUACUCCCCUGGCACAAGCUUCGACACCGGAAUUCGUGUCAGAUGUCUCUUCAUGGCCAACUUCGGAGUUCGACUUCAGCAUGGACCUGGAGCAGUCGUGCACAUCGACAUGUCCUACCUUUCCAACCAUCUCAUUCGAGCAGCAGAACAUGACAGGCUUAGAGAUCUUGGACGAUAAUGUAGACUCAGGCGACAUCUUGAGCCUGACGCCGACCUGGCCGGAGGUAGAUAAGUCGACGCCUCCAGAACUUCUCCGUCACCCGGCUCCUUCAGCCGUCAGCGCGACAAGGCUGCGGACUUUCGCAAACACCUCGAUGCUGGUCGAACACCACUUUCGCUACGCUAUUGAUCAGUUCAUGGGAAUACCCGAGAGGAUGCUGCUCGAGAACGGCACGCCGUGGAGCCAUUCUAUGCUCUAUCGUGACUCCAUGCCCGCGUCUGUCCAGGAUGCAGUAGCAGCGUGUGCCCUCCACCAAGCAAAGACUUCUGUGAACACCCUCGUGCUCCAGCGUGUCAUCCAGGCCAAGUAUCACGCGCUCCUUAUCACCCCUAUCCCAACAUUCAGCCCGCGGGAGCUGCUCGCACACACCCAUGGUCUCCUCAUAUACCAGAUCAUCCUCUUCUUCGACAUCUCACACGCGGCCCGAGCCGAAGCGGAGGAGACGUCAGCGACACUCACGGACGCCGCAUUCGCGCUCGCUCAGCACGCGAAAUACGACUCCGAAAUGGCGACCGGUAGGGCAGGUCUAGAGGAAGAACGCAGCGUCACAACGCGGGCGGCGAGGGAGAUACCCCUCUACCCGCUUGCCAUAGCGCGCGCAAGGUUCGAAGACUGGACGUUCCAGGAGUCUCUGAGACGGACGGUGAUGAUGUCCUUCUUCUACCUGCAAAUACAGCAGUUCAUGGUUGCGUCUCCUCUGCGCCUCGGUACACCUGCCCGGAUGCCGGGCCCCGAUUGUACGGCUUGCGAUCCGCGACUCGGCCUGUGCCAGGCCUUUACGCUCUCUGCCCACUUGUGGAAGGCAAAGGAUGCGAUUGACUUUGCGAUGGCUUGGCGGAGUAAAAGGCACUUGGUCGCGACGCCGAAUAACUUCCAGGAGCUACUCGAGGAAGUCGAGGGUGAUGAUGUUGAGGAGUUUGGCAAGAUGUUGGUUUCUACUGCGUUAGGUGUUGAGGAGACGAGGGCUUGGUUGGUCUCAAAGGGUGGAACACUUUGA